GAAGAAUCGGGUAACCCUUGUCGUGUCUCUCGCUUGCUCACGCCAUGAAGUGAGGCUCGGUAUCAAUUUAUCAACCUCCACCUCUCGCAGUCGUUUCAUUCUUGACCCCAGCUUAACUCAGAAAGAUCACUGACACUGACAUCGUGCACGGCGCCUUGUUCAAAGCUAUCGAUAAAGGCAUGAAAUCAUGUCUGCUACUCUCAAGACGAGCCUUGCCAGAGCUACUGCCGCCAUGAACCCCCAAGUAUGUGGACCACGAUUACUGAGGACAUCACUCAUGUCAGCACGACGAAGCUACGCAACCGCAAUGUCACUUGCCACACAUCAGACCAUAUCGAAUCUAUUGAACGACAGCAUCGCGGCAGGAAAGCACACUGUGACUGCAAUUCAGUGCACAGUACUGCAACAACCUGAGAGCAAUGUGCUCAGAAUGCAGCCCAGGCCAAUUGGACCUGGAGAAGAGGAUACGAAGGUCGGCUUCAGUUCGAGUGAAGUUCAAGAAGCGCCAGAGAAGAUGGUGAAAGUGCAGGCAAUGGUUGAGUUGGUUGUGAAAGCGAAAGAUUUUGGUGAGGUUGAGGGCAUGGGUUUGCUCGGGAGGGAAUAGUCGUGAUCGUCUGUUUUCAGCGCGAUGGGAAUCCAGGCACAGAUAGACAGCACAAUCUUAAUCUUCCAC